AUGCCAGCCCAGUCGCAUCAGACCUCGCUGUUGGAAGCAGUAUUUGACAAUUUGGUCUUACCGCCGAAACUUCCAGACGCUCCCGAAGAUGGCUCUAUUCUGCUCAACUGGGAGCUCAGCUCUCGCCUAAUCAGAGCAUGCCGGCAGAUGGAGAGCCCAAGUUCAGAUAUCUCUUGGAGUACUUUGGAGGCUUCUUUAUUGUUGACUCGAGACCUGCACCAACCCGUCUCUAUAGAAACGCUGAUGACAGCAUUUUCUACAAUUGCACAAGAUGGCGGCGCCAACUGGCUUGCGCUUCAUGUCGCCCAGCAAAAUGCAGCCAUCAUUAUUUAUAAGAACAAAGAGACAGAUGAGGUAGUUUUUGAAGCAUUCGAGGUUUCGGCCUCUGCUCCUGCCGUGUUAGAGGCCAAUCACGCCCUGCGCUGGAUCUUCCCUUCUCGUGCGGUCGCCAUAAGAAUGGACGAGUUCGCUAGCGCGUCAUUUCAGGAGACCAUUUCCGAGUUUACAGAGCAGGCCACCGAGAUUGCAUUUGAUCAAUUUGCCGCACGAGCGCGCAAGGGCGGCCAAAUGAUUGUUGAGACGCGCGAUGCGCCGAGCCCGGCGCUCAUUACAGAGAUGCUCAUGUCAUUUCUAGAGGCCACAGGGAGGGCAUUUCCAGUCCAUGCCGUGCGCAAGCGUGUCAGGGAUGACGUGGUACUGGGGUCAUCGGAGCACCCAUGGAGACGGUCUCCGUAUUGGCUAAUGCUUCGUGUCUUCGUCCAACGGAUCAUGAUGACUUGGUGUCAAAACGACCCAUGGGCAAGUCGCAUAUGCUACAAGCUCAUCAUCUGUGUCGUCGGCUCGCAAAAUUGCAAAAGGAAAUAG